GGCGAUGAGAUGGGAAGGAACUAGUCGAUUAUAGAGGAAAAUCUCUGGAAAUGUGAACGCAGUUCGUGUCAGAAUUUCGUAUCAUGCACAUCGUCUUUUUCAUACACUCAGACGUCUAGUUGGCGGUUGCCAAUAAGUAGUGUAGUGCGUAGCCAGUUCGAAGCAAGUGCGCUAGAAUCUCCGAUGAAAUUCGCUAGAAUGCGCGCGAUUUGAUAGUCAGCUUUUGCCUUUUUUCCGGUAGUUUCGGGUUAUUGCUUUCUGUUAUCGGUUUAAUUGACGGAAAUAUGACGUGUUGGUAAAUAUUAAACAUCGCGCAACUGAUGUGCUCGGGCUGAGUUGUGUGUGCGGCUCGGCUGGCACUAAAAAAGAACAGAAGUUCCGUUCAGUGUGAAUAAAAGUCAUGCGAGGAAUGCAAGCGAUGCAAAAUAAACAGUAAAUUUAUACGUGUCGGAAUAAUGUGUUGAUAUUAUGUUGAACUUGCUUUGCUGUGAGAAUUUCCGCAACUCAGUUUUACCGACGACGAGGUUUGGUUUUGAACGGUAAAUAUAACCUUUUUAAAAUAUUUUUUAUCAUGAGCAAGAGGAAAACGAUUGAUAAAGAAAAAAAGUUACGUUGAAAUGAGCAUGAGAAGUUCUAACUAACCCCAUGGGCGAAUGAUCUUGCAGAAAGACAAGCAUAUAAUCGGUGCUACAAAGUGGUAGCAGUUGAAACAAAGUGAAAAAUUUGAUGCAAUACAGUUUUCUACACGUUCCGUGGCCUGCUUCUUGCUAUUUUUCCUCAACUUGUGGAAAAUAAUCAUCACACUGUUUAUGUGUUAGUGCGGGUGAAAAUCGUAAAAGGAACACCACAUCUGACAAGGAGCCGCUUUUCAUCCGGUUACGAAUAUUACGAGUGUGCACAGUGAGUAGCUUUUCAUUCGGGAUAGUAUUGGUACGCGAAGGAUAUACACAGCUGUUGGUUUGGCAGUACUUGUGUGACCAAUUUUUCCCAUUUGUGUGUCGAUGUGAAGAGGUAAUUGUAGUUUAGUAAAACAUACUCUAAAUACAUGACAGCUAAAGGAAAAGAAAAUAUAGCCAAACGCACAUUGUCUGUUUUAUAAAUCACAAAACCGAGCACUGUUAGGAUAUCAACAAAACGUAACAGUUCGACCCAUCAGAAGCUGACAGUCGCAAUCGGACUCAGUCUGACCAAACUCUCCGCAACCCACCCGUACUCGUUGCGAAUGAUAGACAUCUCAUCUGUAACAGAGCAUAGAACAACCGCAACGCAAGACUGCACCACUCAACCCAAACAAUCCGCUCCUGCCAAGCCUUUCCGCUCCGUGCCACCGUGUCCUGAGGACUGACUGAUAUCCGGACCGACGGACGGAGGUCACAUUUUCCGCACUUCCAUCUGCAACGUCAAGGGAAACGAAAACGCAACCGGACCUGCCGCGCAUCUAGGAAGCAAAUUUUUCUUUUCACACCGAUUGCCGGGCACGCUAUCCAGACCCGGAACAACUUGCUGGCGUCGCACCAAUCGUCGACUCUGCGAACAACGCACCGAAGAGCCGUCGUCGACUAGGGUGACAAAUGAAGCGUUCCAAUCGGACGUAAUCUGUUCCAGCGCUAGUGAGACCAACGAACUGUUACCAGAGCGAUACCUCUGGUUACGGAACGCAAAAUCCUACACCGAUCUUUGUCGUAUUUUGGAUCGCAAUGGGAAGUAUUACAUCAGUGGCUAUCGGAAGCUGAAGAGAACUCACAAACGUGAUUACGAUGGCCGGUGUACAGAAGGUAGCCUUGCAAAACGACAAACAGCCAUUGUGCUGCAACGUGCUCCAAGAAAUCUAGGUCAGUUAGGUCACCAGGGGGGAAAAAAGGAGGAUGACGGAGAAGUGUUCAGUUGUGUUCGGCGAUAUAAACAGGACAGUUGGACUUUCACGAGUAGUACUGAAAGAGGAUUAGCGAGCUUAGGUAAAGUAGGUAAUGGUUACUAUUGUGUAAGCAUUCAGUGGUAUUUGGACUAUUUGAGUGAGUGUGCGCACCGUGCGGAGAAACUACGAGAACGGUUUGUUGAGAAAAAAGUGUUUUUCCCGAAGUUACGGACAGUGAUCAAUGUGCAGCGUUCACAGUCAGAAGAGAUAGAACAAGAGGUGGCAUUUCACGAGUUGUUUUCGUCACGAACCACUGUCCGAAACAUUAUUAUGGACAAUCAAGAUACAAGAUUAUAUCAGGAAAAAACUAAAGAGCUGCAAAAUAUUAUUGAUGACUUUUACCGGUUGAAAUUAGAAGCGGGAGAUAUCAAACGCGAGGCGAUUCCAAAAAUCAUCUUGACUGAUUAUUCAUCUUAUUCUACAGAACCUAGCGACAACCUUAUAGACAGUGAAUCCAAAAUAGUGCAUAAUAAUAAUGAAAAUACUUUCACAAAAGACACCAAAAGUGCACAUAGAAACAGUGAUAAUCAUCUGAAUAACAACAGCAGUAACAACUCUGGUUGUUUUCUACAGCCUCAUUUUAUUACCCCAAAACUCGAUAGCCAACUAGAUAUUCCGUCACUGAACGGCUAUCAAAGUGAAGCAAGGCCACCGUAAAUUUUUACAUCUACGAACAGCUGAUCUUUGUGUACCACUAUACAAAUGAUUUGUUAUACCCUUGUCUGCACUAACAAGCACCGCCAUCAUUUUCACCUGCAUCUACCAUCAGCAGUAAGAGCGACCGCCAAGCCAACCGAUAGUGUCCCAGACGAGUAAAGCUUUGGGGCGGCAAACCAUGGUUUCAAUUAUGGAUAUCGAACCCAAAAGACAAAUCUGUGAUAAUCGUGCAACACUGUCGCAAAGUGCUGUUAGUCAAAAAUCAAUCGAUUUGGAAAUUCCGAUUCCACUCAAGUCGCCAACUACAUCGCCCACCUCCCCACUGUCCGGAGCCGGCUCAGGAACACUUUCCCCCACGACGACAACGACGAUCACGGUCGCACCGAGCGUAACCGUGACGGACACCGAGCUGGCCAAACGGGCCAUGAAACUGGACCUGAUCGAGGCCCAGAGUAAUUCGACAGCCAGCGUUAGCGGUACCAGUGGCGCUAGCACGGUUACCACCCGUACCACCACCACACAUUCCUCGACGUCGCAGUCGGCCGGCACCACCACCACCGCCAUCAUCAUGAAGCACCGGAAGCUGAAGGAGCGCACGUUCAGCGAUGAACUCGGAUCGCCAAAGUCACCGGCGGCGGCAAUAGACGAUCGCAAGGCACUACGGGACGCAUUAUACCAAGGCAUCUUUCACCGGCACCGGCGAACCAUCUUCGCCGUCGGCAGUUUUUUGCGGAUGCUGAAAAGUCGCAGCUCCAGCUACAACACCAUUCGUAGUUCUUCGGAGGGUGAGGAUGACACACGAUAAACCGAAAGGCAACCGAAAGUGAUUGCUAAAUAAAACAAAAUGAUACAGGUAAACUUAUGAUCGAAAGAAGCCUGCCUCCCCCAGAUGAGAGGUCCACAUUAAACACUAGACGAUUAGAUUAGAUGAGGAGGGGUUAGAUGCGAGGAAGCACCACUAGAGCCACAUGAAGAAAAUGCAGUGUUAGAGUUUUAUGGUCAUUAGACGGUUAGCAAGCAAGACCAUCAACUUAAACGUGUUAACCCUUUAUAGAACGGAACCAUAAGUGGCAAUUGCUCGCUGGAAGAUAAGAUGAAAAUGCUUUCUAAACAUUAGGUUUUUCGUUCGGUCUUAGUACCGGAACCAAUUUGAUACAGGCUAUUUCCGAAUCGAACCAAACAACUAUUGGGCUGUUAUUUUACAUCAUUCAUUAGCAUAUGCGUUCCAUAGUACGCUAUUAGGGUAAAGACAUAAAUAACGUAAGUUAGUAGAUACUGAAGCGUUGUUAGCAGUUAUCCUUUUUGACGAUCCUACAAGCCGUUAUGACCAUUUUUUGCACUUGUUUUCAUGAAAGUUGAAAACAAACUCCCUAAAUUAGUUGCAUGCGGUAUACAGUAACGGAGUAAACAGGAAACCUCCUGCCGUGCGGUACGCUAAAUGGUAAAACCUUGUAAGACGGUUCAGUUGGCUGGAGGCACUAUCAAGGUUAGUUUGUAGUUGCCUGCGUAAUAAGAUAAAAUUUGAUACGUAAUUCAUUGAAUUCAAGGAUGAAAGAGUUGUACUGCACAAGCAAUUUUCAUUUCAGGUAACCUUCUUAGCUCUACUUAGAACGGAACCAUCAAACGUGGAAAAAAACAGAAAGCACUGUACAUUUUUUUCUCGUUCAAAGUUUCAUUGUUAAUUAGUGGAGACGCAUGGUGUUAGAUCAAAUUAUGAAGACGCAUUGUUAUAUGUUUCCUUAUCGCUCCAAAAGUCAACAACAAGUCCAAUCAAACUGUCGAUUAAUUUUCAGUAGAAACCUGAGAUUCAUGUAAAUUAUAACAUCGACAAUAUUAAACCGACAACGGAAGAAGACCUCCCCAAGCUUUCAAGAAAUUUGCCGGAGAAGCUUCCUGUCAACUGCCAGCCAUCACGUUGCCUGGAAGUGCAAAUACAUUUUCCCAUCUCAAUCAAACUGUGCUGGACCAGAUACCGAAUGAUUUACAUACGUAGACGUUCAAUACCUCGUUUAUACAAAAGCAUUUUCCUAUCAAAUCGCACAACAGGCAACAGCCGUGGGAUCAAUCAUGCUGGUUGUAUACAAAACCUUAUGAACAUUGAAUUUAUCAAUCCAACAUCCGCCGACCUGUCUCACACCCCGAUCAGCAACCGUAUGAUAUUGCCAGCUUCGCUUGGCCGGAAAAUGAUGAAUCUCAAAUUUCAGUCCACCGGCACACAAUCGACUAGCGCUUCCAUGCGCUUUGCACUGGCCUUGAACUAGCGGUAGCAGUAACGAUGCUACUAACUGCUGCUAGUACAGCUGGCAAAACGAACACAAAAAAAAAAUCGCUAGCCUGUGUUGGCUUACCAUACCCACCGGUCGCCGCUAGCGGAUAAAUCACGCAAGGAAACAGCAAUUCCCGUCCACGUACAUAUGAUACAACAAAGGUGCGGGGUGAAACAGAGUGAAAUGUGUGUCGUUAUUUUUUCGAUGUUCACAUUUUUUCCUAAAAGAAACGUGAAAUUUUUUUAGCGGUAUUCUCAUGGAUGUUGACUGUAAUAAAUAUUAUUGGAAAAUUUUAAGGUUUCCCAGUUAAGACGAAAGCUCAGUCACUUGAGUUUCGCGUUCUAAAUAGUUAGACGCUAUUGCUGUUUGUUUUUCUCUGAUAAGAAUAAAUUAUUGUUAUUAUGUUGACUACGCAAACGGUUGCCUUUUUCAACUGUUUUGGAUUUUGCCUCAAGUUGCACAAACUAAUUUAAUCUACUUUUUCAGUCAAGCAGUUUAUUCCACAUGGGUUUGAGAUACACUCUAUAAAUUUUCAUGAUUUUCUAGAAGAUAACAAAAAAGUUACACCUUCUCCAAAUUUUCUUAAGUGCUCUAGAAAUUGUUUUCUUACAAAAAAAUGUCAAUUUGAUGAGAUUUGUAGUCUUCCAGUUAUGAUUGUUUCAACAAAUAAAGACUAGUAUUCUUUGUUGAAUAACAUUGGAAUCUAACAAAAAUACUAAUUUUUAUCAUUUCAUCAAGUCCACAGUUUCGUUGGAUUCACGGGAAGGUGUUUUUUGACCGUGAUAAAAUCGAAGCAGCACUCUAUCUGCAAAAAAAUGUUCAAGUCGCAAAAAGAUGAUACAAAACAAGUGCUUUUAGCAUGUUAAGCUGGGGUAUUCUUUUUUUAUUCGCAACGUAAUAUUUUUUCGAUCAUUUCAUUAAACCCACUAGUAACCCACUAGUAAAGGCUUUUAGUUUUAUUGCUGCCUCUUUAUUGACAAUAAACCACUGCAUAUUAACCAAUUAUGGAUCGGACCAAGAUCUCGACUAGCAAAUGAUGAACUUCCAAAAUUAUAUUGCUUUUUUAAAAAAUAAAUGUGAAAAUGUGUUAAAUGUGUUAAAAUUUUCAUAUCGAUCGAUUAAACUAUAUUUUUUCCGCCCGAUAUUUUAAGUUAUCAUACAGUAGAAAAUUGACUUUUUCAUUCUCGUGAGAUGCCCAGUUUAAUUCUAAAAAUAUAUCAAAACAUGAUAUUUGUAGGAAAUUUUCUGGGAAAAACUCCUCUAAAGAUCGUAAGACGCUACGAUGUUUGUAGCGAAAGUUAUUUACCUCAAACUGAUUGAAUAUCAGACAAGCGGCUCAGCAUUGAACUUUUCUAGCAACACUGCUGCAGUAUGCUGCUGUCCAGGCCUUAUAUUUUCGAAACAUAAUAAUAAAUCUGAAUAUUUCGCACAUUCAUUUCGAUUCAAACAGUUUCAUUUGAUUCAAUUCAGCUACUGUCAUCGAAUUACGAUGAACAUGUUCACUGUCAAACAGAUUUGGUUACAGAUUUCUGUCUGGCUCAUUUCAAAUGAAACUGAUGACAAAUGACAGAAACACUGACGCAUACUAUGACACUUUCCUGAAGUGAUUGGAAAUUAGCACCGCAUCAUGUCAUUCGAUGAUAGUUUUCUUGCACCGCAAGACGCAGUAGGCACGUUAAUGGCAUCCAAUACGCAAGUUCCGCAAGUUCCGAGCAUUAUUUCGGAGAUUUUUUUCUGUUGAUCACAUGCGCCCCCCUAGCCACUUCGGGUUGCGAAACUAAUAUUAGCGUCCUCCAUUUCAUAUUGUCAUGAUUUUCCUAAUUUCCUCUUCCCUCUAUAUGUGUGAAGUACUGUAAGGAAACACCCUGUCUCCGUUAGUGCUCAUUGCCAUUUUAACAGUAGUCAAGUGAUAGUGACGCUGUUAUUCUUCGCUUUCAUUUGAAAAUCCUUUCAUUCCUUUCCAAGCCCUUCAAUUGGGUUGUUUAGCUAAUCACGAGUUUCUGAUUUUUAUAUAUCAGUAGAAGAAUGUAAUUUUCUGAGCAAAACGUGAUUUUUUCAAAUUUCAUUGGGGAACUGCUCCAUUAUUCAUCUCAGCCCAUAUAUUCAUCUCAUACAACAUGAAAACACAAUUGAAAACAGGAAAAAACGCAUAUUUUCUAGCUGAAUCAAUCUGCUAAUCCAUAGAAUGGAUUCUUCUUAGUUCACUUUAGAUUUCUUAUAAAAUAGAAUACUCAAAAACUCACUUAAAAGCUCUAAAUUUGACAUUAUGGUCGGGCAUCUGCACUCGAAAACUCAUUUAAUUCAAUCACUUACCUCAGAAAACAAAAUCCGCGCAGAACAAUUUCUGUACGGCUACAACGGCACUCGUUCAGCAGCCAACCAGUUUUUUUUUUUGUCACUAGCGGACCAUUUUUUAUUUUAAUCACUAAACAAAAACACUCACUACACUAAGAAUACUUUAAUCUUUGAAAUGUUCACCUCAAAUUUCCAAAAACAAGCUUGAAUUAGCAGAAAUAUAUGAGAUGAAUUUCUUCAAUUCCAAAAUUGCAACUGUAUGUAUUUUCAUCUCUUUUCACUGCUUUGAAGAAAAUCAAAAGUUGCCAAAUCAGUUUCUGUUAAUACGAAAAAAUCAUACUGAAAAUAUUGAUUUGUUCCGACAUAAUUGAUAUAAAUCUACAGCACUGUAGUGGUUACCUUGGUUACCAUUUUUGCACGUAAACAACUACAGCGGAUAUCUAGGUAACCUACUACGACGGGCUGCAUCUACGUUCAUUCAUGAUAAUGUGAUUCAUUCAUGAUUAACAGUGUGAUGGAUAUGGGGGCGUCGUGAGAUGAAGAAUUGAGCAGUGAUUUAAGUUUUGAGAUGGAUAUGGAAACGUUGUGAAAAAUGAUUUGUUUUACAAAAUUCAGCAUAAUUCUAGCUAAGUUUACUAAAUAUACAAUGCUGAAAGAUUCCAUAAGAGCACGUAAGCGUAUUCUGUUUAUUUGUUCAAUGAUUUCGUUACAAUUUGGUAUUCAAUCCGUGCAUUCUCCGUGAAUAUCGGCUUAAUGAGAUGGAUGGAGCAGAUCCCCUAUCAUCGUCUUUCGACUUUUAAAUGAAGAAUAAAUAUCGCUCUAAAUCGCUACAGUUGAUACAUGGGCGAAAUGCAGCUCUUUCAGAUAAUAUAAAAAACGGAUAUAGCCCAAUUCAAUUCACAAUCCAAUUGUCAAAAUAUUCCAAAUGAAUGUAAGAGUAUUCGAGUAGUUUUCGUUUGACUCAAAAAGUGCUCGAAAAUGAAACAAAUGUUAUUCAGUUGAAAGCAUAAUUGCAAGAUGUUUUUGAAAAAUGUCUGCAACUACUUGAAAAACCAGAAAAAUCUUCUUGAAAUUCGAUAAAAAAAAUUAUCCGUGACCAAAAAAACUAUGUGCUCUCGCAAACAAAAGUCUGCAAAAAUCUGCAAUCAUUUUGAGACAGUCUGCGCAAAUACAAGGAGACUCUGACAAAAACCGCGGAAACUAUGAAGAAAUUUUAAAUCAAUAAAAAAUCUGCAGAAGAACUCUAAAAAUCUGCUUUCGCGGACAUAUCUGCACAUCUGGUAUCCCUGGUUGAAAACGACAGCGUCACCAUAGACCAUUGUACGAGACGUUUCAAAACUCAAUUCAUUAAUGAAAUUUUGACAGGUAUCCCUGAACAACUGAAAUAACGCACGUAAAAGCCUGGGGGGUGACAACUGGCUUCUUACUCUUCUUCAUCGCCCACCUCGAUGAUUCCUGUUGUAUUUUUCGCAAGUGCUGCCAUUCACACGGAAAAUGCUUAAAAGUUUCAAUUACUUUUUAUUUUUUUACUGACAUCAUGCACAAUUUCUCCUACAGGCGAUAGAUUUACCGUCUUAAAAUUACCGGAGAUUCCCCGCCGGCCUAGUCUUUAAUUUUCUUUAAAACGAACGAGUAUUCAAUCGAUGAUUAUAGUUCAUUCAUUGAACUACCUGAAUUUUACUCUCCGCACAAGAAAUGUGUUUCAACAGGUAUAUUCUAAAUUUAAUAUAGAACGAAUUCAAAAGUGGUAAUAAGCUGCUAAUACUCAAUAUACUUCCGACAUUGAGCAACGAUAUAUCGUUUGCGUGCUUCAUGCAAAACCGUAUCCACUCCUCGCGCACUUUUGAAUCUUCUGGAAAUUGAUAUAAGUGGUGAUCCAAAUGGGAUCUCUUAGUACGCCCGUAUUUGUACGCUGUGCACUUUGAUUUGAAUGUUCACAUUAAUAUUCUAGUUAAUAACAGGUGAAAUCAUUAAUAAACCAUAUAUCGGUUCAACAAAAACAUGUUGUUCGGCAACACUGCCAAAAUCAAAACAUUAAUCUGUGAUGAACAAUUUUAACGCACCCGGGGUUUUCAAUUUCAACCAAUCAGCGAGUGGUUUCCAAAGUGGAUGCAAAUCUACACCCACUUGUCUCCCGUUAGCUAAAAGCUCAAGAUUUCAAAUGAACAGAUUUGUCUGCAAAACGCAGAUUUUUAGAGUCCGUGUGCAGAUUUUUAUCGAUUUUCAGAUAUUUGCAGUUUACCACAGUUGCUGCAAAUUUUUUCAUAGUCUCCCUAUAUUUGCGCAGAUUUUCUCAAAAUGUGUGCAGAUUUUUACAGACUUUUGCCUUCGCGAGGGAACUUUUUUUCGAAUCACGGAAAGAUUUCAGAUUUCGAGCACAUUUUUCCGGUUUUUCGAGCAGUUGCAGACAUUUUCCAAAAACAUCUGGUAUCUCCUACAUCAAUAUCAACAUUACAAUUACAUUUGUCAUUUCGUAAAAUGGUCUAUAGCUUGACAAUUGUCAAUUAAAGUGACUUUGUCAGGUUCUGGCUGCUGUUGUUUGGUCUCAACUGAACAUUUCACAAAUUUACAUAUUUGUUGUAGGACCCAUAAGGAACAUAAAAAGUGCAUUAGAGCUGAUAUUUAUUUUUGCCCCCAUCCUAGUCACCAUUUCGAACACAUAUGUGUCUGUAUUAUUCGACUUUCUUUCACUUUUUGACGUAGGAUUACGUCUUAUGGCAACAGGAGGGGUGUUAAAUUGAAAAUCUAAACAUGGAGAGCGUCACGAAAAUUGUCCGAUUUCAAAGACUCAGUUAAUUUUAAAUCAAUUUCUUUCAUUCUUUCAGUGAUCUAUUGGAAAAUAAGUUACACGUUCACAAAAAUGUGUAUAAUUGUGAUUGUAUGAGGCUAACUAUUGAACUAUUAAAAAAUGAGAACUUUGUUUUGAACGCUGAUUUCCACCGCAGAGCUGAAAACAUGACCAAAUACCGUCCAAUAGGUAUUUUCGGAACCGGGAUGACUUCCGGUUUCUGGAAACAGCAUAGAAUGGCCGAAUAUCACCCAAGAUAGGUAUUUUCGAUUUCUAGAUGAUGCCCUGAAACUGCCGUCAACUGUUUCCAGCAACUUGCAACAUGCUUUUUGAAUCACAAGUCGGACUCGAUUAUCCGGAGGUUUGAAAAAUUUUCACUCCGGAUUACCGAAUUCUUCGAAUAAUCGAGUCGAUUUUUUUUUUAUUUUUUAUCUUUACUAAUCGGAAGAGUCAGUUUGUUGCUCAAAAGUAUAUUGUAGUUGGUAAAUAUGCCAACAAAAAAUAUACAAAUUAUCUAGCGGCUUUAUGUCAAUGUUUGUCAAAUGUAAAAAACUUAAUCAUAAUGAGAUGAAUCAACCGUGGCAGCUCUCUUGAUGCACAGAAUUAAUUACGCAGUAUAUAGCGCGAAAUACUGCAUUAAAUUUGGCAUUUCUAGAUAGAAUCGACAAAAACACAAGCGUCAUAAAUGUAAACAAAAUAUGAAAUGGAAGAAAAUAAGAUGACUCCGGAUAAUCGAGCCAUUUUCUCCGCAUAAUCGAGCCACGGCUAAUCGAGCCCCUGGAUGAUCGUGCCUCCGGAUAAUCGAGUUCGACUUUUACUUGAAUCCAAUCAAAUCACGCGCCUCUUCAGGAAUCAUUCAAAAAAGAGCUGAAAGAAAACUAUUGCUUAAGUUUAUUGCGUGUUCCCUAACUUAUUGCAAAACACACAUUGACAUUAAACAGGCUACGUUAAAGUUGCGGCCAUGUCUCAUCCACGACUUCUUCAACUUUUUUGCCUGCAGUCCGUGCUAAGAGAAUACAAGUUUUAUACAUGUUGGACACUAAAAAACAGACAAAUUAGUAGAAAAUUUUGUCACCCGAUGUUGCUACGAUAAUUUUGCCAUCUUGUGCUAGAUUUUCUGAAAUUGACUUUUGUUAACCAUUCUCAGAGAUCAAGUCAAAGACUAUGAAAAAAAUCCAAAAUUAAUUUGCCUUGUCUACCGUCUUGAACAACCAACUAUGAAAUUUAUUGUGCAACGCUUUGUUUCGCUGGGUUACAGCUAAUCAAAUAUUUACGAGAUUACCGCAAAGAAAGGGGACAAUCGAUCGAAGGGAAGCCUGCUUCCGGGCGCUCCACUGCGACAACACGGCGAAAGUGAAAAAGGCAAAUCGCUGGAAAAGUGGCUCAUUUUUGUCACUCGUUUGGAAGAUUACAGUGAAUGGCAAACAAAACUUGUCUGACUUCGGUAAGUGUAUUGCUUGCUAAUUCCAUUGAGAUAAUAGUAAGUGACAAUGCGAAGUACGCUUGACAUUCCAAGUUUUCUGAGAUUUUUGUUACUUUUGCUGGCGAGAAAGAGAUCGCUCCAUCACAGUUAGUUAUGGCCAUUUUUAGUACCACCUGUAUUUUUAAUGUAUGCAUUCUAAAUUUUUGAAGCAUGUAAUGUCCGAAAAAAGUUCAGCUUUCAUACUAAGGUUGCGGCUCAGAUACACUUUUGUUCCUCGUUUCUCAAAUUACAAACACCUAUGUUUAAGCACGAGGAACAAUAUUUCACCCCCCACCCGUGUCUAACCUUAUUCAUCCAUGAUUUAUACUCAUACGACCGGAGAGAAGCGAAUAAAAUGCACGGAAACGAAGAGGAAACAUCAUAUAUUUGUCAUCAUCCACCGGCUAGGUUCGCCAAACGCUAGGAAUUGCUAACAACGGGCAUGAAUUAUGGAUCAAUUUUAUCAGGCCACGCGUCAACUGGUUCUUUGCUUUUUUCACAAUGCAUAGAAUUUUUCAGAGAUGUUCGAAUAUAGUUUUAAUAUCGAUAUGGCGAUUUCGCGUUCUAUUUUUUUUUUUUAUAAUUAUGUGUUAAGUAUUGGAAGGUGCAGUAAUUAUGACAUAAAAAUGUGUAUAGUAUACCGAUGGUCGAAUGGUCGAACCUUACUAGUAUAAAAGUAUUGUAGAAAAUGAUUUAUAUUCGCUGCUCCGGAUCGGCAUAACAAAACAAAUCAAGAUAUUCGGGAUCAUACGCAACAGACUAGGAGAAAUUUCUUCACAUGUACAUCACAGCAGGGGGAGGAGGCACACGCAAACACACUUUUCUAUCACCAGGCCGGCAUUGUUGUCAUCGUUGUUGUUUUUCUACAUACAUCUAAAUGAGUACAUAAUGCACUAGUGAAAAUCGAUCUGUUAGUUAAGUAGUACUCGAGGACGCAAUGUCCGAAACAGCAAAGCAUAACUGACCGAGCGAAACUCUCACGCAUUAUACAGCCAACAUAGAGCACCGCCCUCCAAGCGAUCGCGACAAACAUCAACCAUUUAUGUUAAGUUUAUACACAGCCAAACAGCAAACCGUGGAAUGCGGGAAUAUUGUGAACAUAGAAUAAAUAUGAACAUGUAAUAAUGAAUGACCAUUCGGAGGGGAAACUGCAGCAGUAAAAAAAGAAAAAAUGAACAGUGCACGAAGAUCACGUAUGAGUACUAGUUAUGGUUAAUAAACUAAAUCGAUAACACGCCAUGAUGAAGAUGUUAUCGAGUGUACACUCAAAUGACAGACAUUAUUUCUUUUAAUCAAUUCGUUCAAUCCGAUCGACGACGAUAAUAAAAACUGCUUUACCAACAUA